AUGCGUGCUCGAAUUAAUAAGUCCUUCAGGUCAGGUAAAGGGGCAAAACUUUUUAACGCAAUGCCAGUCGACUCCGAAAUCAAAAUUACAGAAGCAAGCACCUUCGGGUCCACGGAAAUCCCAGGUCCUUGGACAUCUGGUGCUGCCCAUGAAGCGGGUGAAGAGGAUACAUCCUUUGCUCGUAAACGGAUUCAUGGAGCAAUGCUGUUGUGUCGGGCAAAUUUCGCUAUGCUGGACCCCGGAUCGCGGCCUCUUUUCAACGAAUAUUUGGAAAUGAGUUCGUGCCGUUUGCAUGGAUACUCGCCUAUCCCUCUUAAAUCUAUCUUGUAUUGA